AUGGGCUCCGAUUUGGAGGAGUGCCCUGCCCUCCGCCACCACGGCAACCAAUUCCUGACCAAGCUCUUCAUCUCCGGGCUGCUCCUCUGUGCAUCCUUCACCCUCUUCUACUACUUCAACGAGUACAGCGCCGUCUCCAGAACGCUCUCUGCCGCUGUGGAGAGCGGAUCAUCCGCGUCGGUCCACGCUGGAGAAGGGAAGCCUCAGAGAGACAAAUUUCUAAGUGCUAUGCGGAACAAAGUUUGGGCAUUUGUUGGUGACUCCAUCUUUCGGAAUUUUGCUGAAUCAUUUAUCUGCCUUCUUUCUAAGGCAGAGGAAGCUGUUGAGCUGUCCCACGACGAGGAUUACGAAUCCAAAGUGUGGCGGUUUCCCUCCUAUAAUUUCACCGUGUCGCUGAUUUGGAGUCCCUUCGUCUCCAAAGCGGAGAUGUACAACUAUGAUGUCUCCGAGAUGCACUCCGUAUUCCUGCUACACACCGACGUCCCGGAUGCGAAGUGGGCCGACCAAUACAGCACCUUCGACUACGUCGUCGUAGGCAGCGGCCAUUGGUAUUUGAAGAACUCGACGUUCUUCUAUCUGGAGAAGAACACCAUCGUCGGCUGCCACUACUGCGGUACACGAAGCUUCCCCGAGAUGGGGGUUGAUGCAGCCUACAGGAAGAUGCUCGGCUCUGUUUUCCGCUUCGUCGCCGGUUCUGCCCAUAAGCCCGUGGUGAUCUUGAGGACAUGGUCGCCGGAACACUACGAGAACGGCGAAUGGAACUCCCGUGGCAAUUGCAACAGGGCGACACCGUAUAGGAGAGGGGAAUACGACGGGAAGGAGGUGGGUCGCGCGAUGCGAAGGAUAGAGCUGGAGGAGUUCGAGAGGGCGGCGCUGCUGGGAGAGGGAUCUGCACGCUUGAAGCUCUUCGACAUUUACCAGCUCAUGGUGCUGCGUCCCGAUGCGCAUCCCGAUCGGUACUGGGGAGGCGCUCAACAGGUCGUCAAGCGGAAGAGGCAGUGGCCUGUGCACGACUGCCUCCACUGGUGUUUGCCUGGUGCUGUCGACGCCUGGAGUGAUCUGAUGAUGGAGCUUGUGCUGAACGAGUGA